ACGUUGGGGGCGGGACUGUCCUGUGCGCGGUGACUGGUGGCGGCACCGGCGGUAGUUGCCGGCGUAAUAGCGUGGGUCGCGGGCUUCGAGAAGUUCCGAGGAGGCGGCGGUGGUGCCGGCGACGUGUGGGGCAGCAGUAGCGGGCCCGGGGCUUGUCGUUCAUCAUGCCGACGGUGGAGGAGCUGUACCGCAACUAUGGCAUCCUCGCCGAUGCCACGGAGCAAGUGGGCCAGCAUAAAGAUGCCUACCAAGUGAUACUGGACGGUGUGAAAGGUGGUACCAAGGAAAAACGAUUAGCAGCUCAGUUUAUUCCUAAAUUCUUUAAGCAUUUUCCAGAAUUGGCUGAUUCGGCUAUCAACGCACAGUUAGACCUCUGUGAGGAUGAAGAUGUGUCUAUACGACGCCAAGCAAUUAAAGAGCUGCCUCAGUUUGCCACUGGAGAAAAUCUUCCCCGAGUAGCAGACAUACUCACUCAGCUUCUGCAGACAGAUGACUCCGCAGAAUUUAACUUAGUGAACAAUGCUCUGUUAAGUAUAUUUAAGAUGGAUGCAAAAGGAACCUUAGGUGGUUUAUUUAGCCAAAUACUUCAAGGAGAGGACAUCGUUAGAGAACGAGCAAUUAAAUUCCUUUCUACAAAACUUAAAACUUUGCCAGAUGAAGUCUUAACAAAGGAAGUAGAGGAGCUUAUACUAACUGAAUCCAAAAAGGUCCUAGAAGAUGUGACUGGUGAAGAAUUUGUUCUGUUCAUGAAGAUACUGUCUGGGUUAAAAAGCUUACAGACAGUGAGUGGAAGACAGCAGCUGGUAGAGCUGGUGGCAGAACAGGCUGACCUGGAGCAGACCUUCAACCCCUCAGAUCCCGACUGCGUAGACAGGCUCUUACAAUGCACGAGGCAGGCCGUGCCUCUCUUUUCUAAAAAUGUCCAUUCCACAAGGUUUGUGACUUAUUUCUGUGAGCAAGUUCUCCCUAAUCUCAGUACCUUGACAACCCCAGUGGAGGGUCUUGAUAUACAGUUGGAGGUAUUGAAAUUGUUGGCAGAGAUGAGUUCAUUUUGUGGUGACAUGGAAAAACUAGAAACAAAUUUAAGGAAACUGUUUGAUAAGUUAUUGGAGUACAUGCCUCUCCCUCCAGAAGAAGCAGAAAAUGGAGAAAAUGCGGGUAAUGAAGAACCUAAGCUGCAAUUCAGUUAUGUGGAAUGUUUGUUGUACAGUUUUCACCAGUUGGGCCGAAAACUUCCAGAUUUCUUAACAGCCAAACUGAAUGCAGAAAAGCUCAAAGAUUUCAAAAUCAGGUUGCAGUACUUUGCACGGGGCCUUCAGGUUUAUAUCAGACAACUUCGCUUGGCUCUCCAGGGUAAAACAGGCGAGGCUUUAAAAACAGAGGAGAACAAGAUCAAAGUUGUUGCAUUGAAAAUAACAAACAAUAUCAAUGUUCUAAUCAAGGAUCUCUUCCACAUUCCUCCUUCCUAUAAGAGCACAGUAACAUUAUCCUGGAAACCGGUACAGAAGGUUGAGAUUGGGCAAAAGAGAGCCAAUGAAGAUACAAGUUCAGGAUCACCGCCCAAGAAAUCUCCAGGAGGACCAAAAAGGGAUGCCAGACAGAUUUAUAACCCUCCCAGUGGAAAAUACAGCAGCAAUUUGGGCAACUUUAAUUAUGAGCAGAGAGGAGCCUUCAGGGGAAGUAGAGGUGGCCGAGGCUGGGGAACACGAGGAAAUCGUAGUCGAGGAAGACUCUACUGAGAAAGACACACAUUCUUCAGCACCGUCAUGAGCUUGAUAUACUUCAAUUCUACUACUCAUUGGAUUGCCGGGGAUGUCCCUUUAAAAGGACUGCUGCCUUCAGCUGAAAAUUUAAUGUUCUUUAUACCUUUGUAUGUAUGAUCUACUUUUGUAACAGACCAUGGUUGUGUCCAAGGUAAAACCACAACAAUAUUUUUGAAUGAUUUGUCUGCAACCUUGACUUGUUUUGCAGUGUCCUCAUUAUUCAGACUUCAUCUUGUGAGUCUUUAAACAUCUUCACAAUUUGUUAUUGAGAGCUGAGUCUAAUGUAAUGCAAUUCAGUCUAGUUCUAUUAUCUGGUAAAGAUCAUUACUUUUCAAAGGUUACUUACUUUCCUCUCCCCUCUUUUUCCUUUUUGCCCACUGUAUGGAGAAGAGUCGUGAUCACUCUUAACAUUUUGUUUCCAUUGUUUUUUUCACUGAAGCUGCUAGGAAGUGCUGCUGCUUUCCUGCCAAGCAAGUACAUAGACACCCAAGUCCAGCUUUUGUGAAAUAAAAGAGUUACAGCUUUAGGAAGAAGUUGCUUUUCAUUGAUGGCUCCCUUCAUUCUUCUCCAUACACUGGGACAGAAUUUUGAACACAGGCUCUUAUUAUCGAAUAGGAAUGCAUAUGUAUAAUAUACAUACAAACAUAAGCAUAUGUUGUGUGUAUGUGUAUAUAUAUAUGUGCAUGCUAUGAAACUUGAGUGUGCAACAAAUCAGUAUUUUAAAUUCCAGGAACAGGUCAUCUUUGACACAGUGAUUAUCCUUUUGAGGCUGAAUCCAUUACUGACUUGGUAUCUAGGUUUUUACUCCGGUAGGGAGGAACUUUGAGUCAGUUGCACUUAACAUGAUUAUUGUUAUUUAAAACUAAAAAAUAAAGGCUGUAUUUUUGGAGACAAAUUUGAAGACCCUUGUCGGUGAAAUACAGCUGGAUCUAAUGUACAUACAGGAUUCCACAGGAUGAGAUAGUGUAAUUUAGGGUUUGGAGAUAAAAUAACCAGGGCUACCCAGGAAAGUGACUUGAUAACAUAGUCCCAGUCUACAAGGAUGCUCUCUCAGUUCGCUUUUGCCACUUUCAAGAUUUUAACUUCUCAGGUUAUUAAUCAGAUUAUUGUAUAAGUUAGUCAAUAGUCUUUAGGUUGAAACAGCAGAUGGGAGAUUUGUGGAGUGUAAUGUCAUGGGCAUUUUUAGUAUCAUAGACCCUUUGCUCUGCAUUUGAAUGUUUCAUAUAUUUUCGUUCUACAAUUAAUCUUCCUUCCCCAAGUUUGCUAUUCAAAUCAAAUGCUCGGACAUUUCCAGUAGUUUGUUGGGGUAUUUUUUGUUUUGUUUUUGAGGAAUUUUUUGCAAUUCCUACACAGGUGUCUUCAUUAUUUCUACACUGGGAAAAAAAGCAAAACCCCUUUGUGAAAAUUAUUGCACAUAUUUAUGGAGAAAAUAUUUCUAAAGUCUAGAAUGAUAGAAGUGAGCACAAGAAGUUGGUCGGCUUGACUGUGGAGUGGUGGCAAUAAUCUCUAAAACAUUCCACAAGCCUGAGCUGAACCUAGGCUCCCUUGAAAUCUGAACAGUCUUAGGAAUGUGGAAUUACAGUCAAAAACUUGCUGUGUAGUAUGGACCUCAGAAGUAGAGCUGCCAGUGGCCUAAAGCCAUGUCAGGUACACAAACUAACUGGACCACAGCUAUAUAGAUUUGAGUAUUAAGUGUAAUUUUUCCUUUCUCUUUUGAAGCAUAUCUGUGAACUCAAAGCUGAGCAGAAGUGACUUGACCUCGUUUGAUACUGAGUUGACUGCAUUGCUGCCCUUACCCCUUUGUUCCCCUUGCCAAGGCAAUAGUACAUAGCUUAGGGUUCUUUUUGCUUCAUAAAUUUGAAUGAAAAUCUUCAUACCAUGAAUCUCUUUUUUUUCCCUUCUGCAAGACACCUGUUUUAUCCCCUUGUUUAAAUGUAAAUGUUCCCUUAUGCUUUUGAAAUAAAUUUCCUUUUGUAAUUUUG